AAAAUAGUUUGAAUAUUUUGUAUAAACUUGUUCGUAGUUAUCUCUCUUCCCUGCUUCCAGCCAGUUGCGCAUCUCUGACAGAAGACAGGGUUGUUCUGAUAGAGAAGAAGCGGCACAAAAGGGAAAACAACAAUGCAGAUGCAGGCGCGGCGUCGUUUUGAUUGGAAACCCACGAACUAGAGCCGGGGUAGAAAGUGUGUGCAACGUGGGAAAGUGGAGCACAUGCAGCUGGCCUUAUCAGCUCCACAAGUCGACUUCAAAAUGGCCACCACUUUUGCAGGUUCAAAGUUCUCGAAACACGUUCUAGUGGACGAAGAAGAGGGGGAGGAGGACGAAGAGGAGGAGGAGGAUUCCGCCGAGUCCGGUUCCACGUCGUCGUUCAGCCUGCAGGAGUGCAUCGACGAGUUCCGGGCGCGCCGCAUCCGCAGGGUCUCAGGGUCCCAGAGCCGCGACUGCGAGAACAACAUGCCCAGGCAGCAGCCCCGCGUCCGCCGGGCCACGGAUGCGGACCUAAUCAACCAGAACCGCUGCAACAAGGAGCAGGAGCGCAAGGGCAAGCCCUGCCAGAACGGCUUCUGCUACUGCUUCACCAGCGACAGCGGGGACUGCGGCUCCACGGCACCGCCACGUGACCAGCACGUGCGGCUGCCCAGGCGCAGCAGGCGUUCCGAGAGCUCUAAGCCCGCCAAGCAGAACAAUCUGGGCAGCCAGCGGCAGCAGGCGGAGCAACGUCGUCAAAGCGAACCGGCCAAUGUAAAAUCCAACUUCAAAACUCCUCUAACCGCUGUCAGUCGCCUGAGAGCCGUGGGCGGCGAGGAUGAGCCGCUUAUCCACAUCAUCCAGGAGCUGCACGAUAACUGUGUGGUGUCCGAGGUGCGCGUGAAUCGCCAGAAGCUGUCAGGCUCCAGCUGCCAUCAGAGGAGCUCCCAAACCCUGAGGGAAACCACCAAAAUGCAGCCCUACGAACCCAUAGCCUACAAGCCCUCAGCUCCUGUUCUGUCCAACAUCAGCGAGCAGGAAUCUGCCGUGGAGGAGGCGCAGGAAAAGGAUGUGCUGGCCACAGAGCCCCCAAGUCGCAGGAGCUCCCGUUCGCGACGCAGUUCUGGAGCAGGGGGGCGUCUUCUACAGAAGCGACUCUCGCAGGGCCAAGUCAGUUUCAAGGCACGCGACUCCCAGCUGCCGCCACCGAAGCCACCGCGACGAGGCUCUCAAAGUUUGGACGGCAAGCUCUCGCAAUCCUCGCUCACCUCCACGAAUCCCUCGGUGCGCGAGGCGGAGCGUGUGCUGGACGAGUUCCUGCGUAAGCGAGGCGUCCAGGUGCCCGUUAGCAAAGUGGAACCUUCGCGCAGGAAGGACAGCCAGCGCAGGUCCUUUCCCUUGGCCGAGAUGGAGAAGCCCAAGAGCGGCAAGCAUCUGCCCACCUGCCCCUCACUCAGCGACAUCGAGCGCGUGGUGGAGUCCAAGCGCGGUUCCAAUUACGCCCGGAAUAUUCGACAGGAGAGCAGUCGGAAGAGUGCGCCCAGCAAGGAGAUCAUUAUUGGCUGGACAGAGCCAAAAAUCACCGAUAUGCUUAACUAUGAGGGAAAGUCGGCCAGCGAGUUUCGGACGCCGGCAGAACCGCAAGUGGCCAUUGGAUGGCAGCCGUCCAAGCCACAACCACAGCCUGUAGUCCCAAAAGUUUCCCUGGACACUGUGGACGGGAGUGUGUGUGAGAACUUGGCCUCCAAUAUGGUGCACAAGGAGACGCCCAUUAAGUACCCAAGUCGAGUUACCACAGCUGGCGGUCAGGCCAGCCAGAAGUUUAUCUGGGGCGAACAGUGGCGAAACCUUUCUCCCUGGAAGCCAAGCAAACCUAAAAGCCUAGGAAAGAAGUCGAAGAACUUCCUCAAUAACUCCAAAAAGAAGAUCCUGCGCUUUGUAUCACCCAAGAAGAUGAAUCAAGAGAAUCCUCCGAGGGAUGAACAGAUCAAAGUCCCCCCCACACAGUGCACAGUGGGCGUGCAGACCUCUACUUCGCAGCUGGACCUGCAUUCUCAGUCGCCGCCGGGCAGCUACCACUCACCCAUGCAGACUACACCCUCGGGAACGACCACCUCCACCCGCCAGCAGCUGGACAGCGAGCAGCCCUACUUUGACUUCGAGCGCAAGGUGAAGGCUCCGACGCCUCCAAAGAAGCUGCCCCGCGCCAACAGGGCUCGCAAGUUGAAUUUCCAAACGGAAGCGGCACCCACCACCUACCGCUCGUACCACAAGGAUCUCGAUCAGGACGUGACCAUCACCAAGAUGGGCUAUCUGCUGAGCAGCAUCCGCGCGAAGUUGGAGGCCAGUGACGAGCGGGCACUAAGGACCUUUCGGGACUGCUCCCGCUCCGAUCCCCUGGAGCGCAGUCAUUUUCAAAGAGAAAGCUUUGACACCACAGAUGGACCUAGCAGUCUGGCCACCACAUCUGUGACCGACACCCGACAGCAGCGCGACCUCGACAGCGAACCCAUUUACUCAGAGAUCGAGGAGGAUUGCCUGCGGAUCAGAGGGAGUCCCCAUCAUGAGGUCAGGACCGCAGCGCAGUUGGUAAACCACGCUCAAACGGAAAGCUCCACGGCGUAUGUGAGUGAGUCCGUGCCGGAUCCAUCCCCAUCACCCGCUGAUCUCAGCGCCAUGUACGCCCGGGUGCAGAAGACGCCGAAGAACUCACCUCAAAUGAAGCCACUGGGGCAGGCCAUUCAGCAGCAGAUAAUGGCUCCAGUUCAACCACCUAUAAUGCCACCAGUUACCCAAGCGCAGAUAAGGCCUCCUGUUAUCCAACCGCAGAUAAAGUCACAAGUUGUCCAACCACAGAUACUGGAUCCGGAUGUACAGCCCAAAAAGUUUAGCCAGUCUGUGCAACCGGCAAUUCCACCUCAACUAUCUGCCCCCAAUCAGCCUGUGGCUUUGGGCCACUUUCUCCACGAAUCCUUGAAGAACGGCAACUUCUUCCAGUUCAUGCCUCUGCCAGAGGAACCGAGUGGCAAUGAAUCCUCCUGCUCAGCCAGUCAGACCACUGAGUCCUCUGUGAUUCGCCAGCCCAUGCUGAAGUCGUCUCCUCCACUCACCCACCAAUCCCUGAACAACAUCAGCGAGCAGCAUUCGCCGCCCAAGAAAAACCGCAAUCUUUCACGGUCGGAACUCUCCCUGCAGCGCAGCGAGAUAUUCCUGGACAAUUUGUGUCGCAGUGAACUUUUGCUGGAUCGCCUGGAAAAGGUGCCCAAUACUACUUCCAAUGUGGAUUCCGUUUCGUAUGACAUGCCCAACGAAGGGACCGAGGAGCUCUACGCGGAUUACAGCUUGGGUGAGGCGGGCAGUAGCUCCUUCGCAACCAACGAUUAUGGCUCUGGACAAAUCGAGCCGGAGCCGGCUAACCAGAGUACACCGAAAAAGAAGCAGAGCCAGCGGUUUACAACCAAGCCCUCGCGCAAUCUAACCAUUGAUAUAAACGAUGGCCCAGCCACGCCGCUGCGCCAAUUUGGCCAGAAUCUCAGCUUCAGUUGCCCCACCACUCCCCAGCAGGCGGAGGCUUUGAAGGCAGAGGACCCUGGCCUGCACAACAGCAGCAGUCUGGGUGAGCUCAUGCAGACGGUACCCAUUCCCAGUGACAGCCAGCUGAUGUCGGUCAGUGCUCUGGCCCGGUACCGCCUGCUAAAGAAUGCCCUUCGUCGGUCGUACCGCAAGGGCAAGGACUUUUUCCUGGCGGAGAAGCAGCGUCUGACGCAGAGCCUCAAUCUCUCUAGGGAUCAAUCCAACCAAACGGACGGGGAGCUGGACAGCAGUAGCUACUAUGCCAGCUUCAACCUGGACUCCUUGCUGAAUGAGUCCUUGAAUACCAAUGAGCAGCUGGCUCAGGCUGUGAGUAUAUGUCGCCAGAUGCCGGAAUUGGAGAUCUCGGCGGAGAUGGUGGAGGCGGAGCGCCUACUGCUCUUCUCCAGCCUGCGAAAGUCAGCUCCCCCAGGUUGUCAAUUGAAUGAUGUGGCCUUGGCUGCCAGGAGGCAAUCCCAGUGCCUCUUGAUCGAUGCCAUGGAGCUGCCUGUGAGGGCCGAUGUCAGUCAGGACAUGUUCUUCAACUACCACUACAUCUGCACCUUUGAGUGCGGAGGAAGCAUUCGCUCCACUCAGUCGGUGGAGUGCCAGAAUGGCUCUGCCUUCUUUCGGGACUGUGGCUUGGAGUUCUAUAGCGGUGAUAAGGCGGAAUCUUUGGAGCUGCGCUGCCAGAUCUUCAUGCUGCGCCUGCGCAAGGUCUCCACCCUUGCCUUGGAGCCAUCCAAGUCGUUGCGACGUGGCAGUGGGAAUUUGGGCUCCGCCAACUCGAGUUCUUCAGCGGGUUCAGGUUCGGAACAGAUCAUCUCCCGCUUCCGUCUGCAUGCUUCAUUUAAACUGCGGGCCAUGGACUUGGCUCCCUUCCAACUGGUGGCCAGCGAAUCGACAUCCAGCGAUAAGAUCUGCCUGCGCAGCUCGCGAUCCUGGCAACUGCCCUUGAGUACACACACCAAAUCCACGAACCUGGGACCGGCUAUAUCUAUAACUGGCAGAGUGGAUUUGCGACUGCCCAAGGGCCGUUUCACUGGCUACCUAAAUGUUCAGGAUCCGAAGAACAGACACCACUGGAAUCGAAGAUGGUGCAGCCUGGAUGGCGUACGGCUAUCUGUUUGGCAACAUGAAGAUAAUCUGGGAGAUGGGUCGCCCAUUUUCUCGCUGGAGCUGCCAGGAUGCGGACAGUCCUCGAUAGCAGCAGCUCCGAGGGAUCUUUGUGCCCGGGCCAGGAGCUUUUUAGUGCAGGGAAAAGAAUCUCAUUAUGAAGCGGGAGUGUUUUUUGCUGCCGACACCCAACCGGAGCUGGUAGAAUGGCUGACGCACUUGAAUGAGGCUCUGGACUUCGCCAGGCACUGGCUAAGUGCCACCUGACAGCAGGAUGCAUUCCCUACAAAUUUUUAUUUUAUUAUGUGUUCAAGUUUUCUAUUUAUAUUUGCUAUUUCUUAAGUUGUGCCCAAACAUUUCCAAAAUUUGUAAAUUAGUGUGUUUGCCAUGCAAACUUGCCGCUCGAAUUUAAAUCAGGGCUAGACAUACUCGUUUUUGCUUAGGUCUAAGAACAUAUUUAAUCAACAUUCCUUUGCCUUUUGGGGGAAAUAGUCAUUGGAUCUGAAGCAUCUGAACCCCUGUGUUCGUCACAACAACAACAGUUUAUUACAUUCAUAAUUUACAUGGGCUACGAUAAGUUGAUAAGAUACGAUUAUAUAUUUGAUAUAGGUUACAAUAUGAUACACAAGUAUGUUUAUAUGCGCUGCUGGUUGCCCCGGUUAUCUGCGCUGUCGACGAUAUCGGAAUCGGAAUCGGUUAUCCAUGCUCACGUCCCCACAAUCCUCACAUUCGUGCCUAGUUAGUGCCUACGCAUAACUGUUACAAUUAAGUAUAUGUACUAUUUAAGCUGCUUUGUAAUUUCGUUUUUCGUUUGCUCAUUACAGUGCAAAACAUAA